CUUCCACCCAUUUUCAUCCCAGUAAAGAAGUGUUGUUCUUCAAGGAUAAAUAUGGCUCCUCAAACAUCAGAUCCCAGUAAAGAACACAUCUCUUACGAAUCCAAUUUCCUCUGGUCUCUCAAUUCUUGAUAGAUUACCAACAAUGAUAACUGUCAAUGCUCUUGUUUUCCUUGUCAUCCAACAAUUGGGUGAGAUCAUCCAAGUUGAGAUCCAACAAGAGGUACGAGUGGUCGUGGGAGUGAAGAAGGACAUCAAGAAGCUCUCUGCUACUCUUAUGAAAAUCCAGGCUCUGCUCAAGGAUGCUGAAGAAAGGCAAUUCAUGGAAAAUUCAGUGCAGCUUUGGUUACAGGAACUGAAAGAUGUAGCCUAUGACAUUGAUGAUGUGUUAGAUGAUUGGGGCACUGAAAUUCUCAAAUCAUCAAUUGUAGAGGGAGUUGAUGAUCAUGAUAAGAAGGUAUGCCCUGCCAACUUGUUUGUUUCUCCUUGCUUUCGUUUCAAGCAAAUUGGUUUGCGCCAUGACAUUGGUCAUAAGAUAAAGGAGAUAAAAGGAAGACUAGAUGAGAUAGCAAGUGAGAAAGAUAAGUUUAGUUUUAUUCAAACUACUACUACUAGAAAUGAAUUAAUUAUAGAUGAUGAGUCAAGGAGGAGGAGAUUAGAAACUAGCUCCCUCGUUGAUGUCACAGAGGUGUUUGGUCGUGACAUGGAUAAAGAUAUCAUAAUAAGCAAGUUGAUAAGUGAGGGCAGUAGUCCGCAAGAUGAAAUGGUUUCUGAUCAUGUCCAUCCCAUGAUAAUCUCCAUUGUGGGCAUGGCUGGUUUGGGCAAAACAACACUUGCCCAACUCACCUUCAAUGAUGAGAAGGUGAAGAACCAUUUUGAUAAGAGAAUAUGGGUACACGUGUCUAAACCUUUUGAUAAAGAGAAGGUUGCCAUGCGUAUUAUCGAAGAAAUGGGUGGUGGUGGUGGUGGUGGUGGUGGUGGUGAGAACAAUAUUGUGUCCCAAGGUGGGGGUCAUAAUAUAGCAUGGGAAGUUGUGCAUCGUCAAUUGACUACUUCUAUCCAAGGAAAUCAAUUCCUACUCAUCUUAGAUGAUGUGUGGACUGAGGAUCGUAGUUUGUGGGAUCCAUUGUUGCUUUCCCUCAGAUGCAGUUCUCAAGGAAGUAGAAUUAUUGUUACGACACGAAACGAGAGGGUUACCAUCAUGAUGGGCACAACAUAUGUCCACAGUUUAGGAUUAUUGUCUGAUGAAAACUGUUGGUCAUUGUUGAGACAUUAUGCUUUUGAUGGAAGGCAAGAAAAAGAGUGUGAGAAAUUAAAAGAAAUUGGUAUAGAACUUGCACACAAGUGUAACGGAUUGCCUCUUUCGGCAAAGACUCUAGGAAGUUUAUUGCGUUUCAAAGAGUCAAAACAGGAGUGGCAAUAUGUAUUGCAAAAUGAUAUAUGGAAGGUUGUAUCAACCCUUGAUAAACCAGUCUUGCCAGCUCUAUUACUAAGCUAUAAUGAUUUUCCCUCUCAUUUGAAGCAAUGCUUUGCGUAUUGUUCUUACCUCCCGAGAGGUUAUCAUAUGGACAAAUAUGCCAUAAUCAAGCAAUGGAUGGCACAAGGCUUUCUUGGUGAUCAUUUGGCAGCCAAAUUUGACGAUUGGAUUGCAGUGGGUGAAGAAUACUUCAACCAUUUGGUCAUGAGUUCAUUUUUUCAGAAAGAUGUCACAGAAUAUUUCCAAAUGCAUGACCUCGUCCAUGACUUUGCCAAAUCCCUUGCAGAAAAUGAAUGCUUUACUUUGACGAUUAAAGAUACCAAUGCGCAAGAAUUUGACUUUGGUAGAACCCGUCAUUUAUCUCUAGUAAUAGAAGAGAUAAACACGAUUCCUUCUUUCAUUCACAAGGCAAAGAAUCUGCGAACUCUUAAAAUUUAUAAAGCACAGAUUCCUAGACUUUCUUCUGACUUAUUUGGACACUUGACGUGUCUGAGGAUUUUAGAUUUGCAUAGUACUUACCUUGAAGAGCUUCCAAAUGAGGUAGAGAAGUUGAUACAUCUAAGGUACCUUAACUUGUCCAUGGCAAGGUUUAAAGAAUUACCUAAGGCAGUGACCAAAUUGUACAAUUUGAAAAUAUUACACCUUUAUGGAUGUAAGAAUCUUUGUAAACUACCUGAAGGGAUUGGAGGAUUAGUCAAUUUGAUAGAGCUUGAUCUGAUUGAAUGUCGCCAACUAAGCUACUUGCCAGAAGGAAUUGGGAGAUUGAGCAAACUGCAUCGUUUGCCACACUUCGUUAUUUGUGGGGUGGAGAGAGGAGGAUGUAAGAUUGGAGAACUGAAAAAUCUCAACUUCCUCAAAGGUUCACUAAGACUAAUAGGUUUGGGGAGAGUGGAAAAUGGAAAUGAGGCUAAGAUGGCUUGCUUGAAGAAUAAGCAACACCUUCGUGCUCUGUAUUUCUAUUUCAAUCAAUAUACUGGUGUUUCACAAGUUGAUGAAAAUGCUACUGAAGGAGAAAGAGAAGGAGAAUUAGGAGAAAAAGAAGAAGAUGAAGAAGAAGAAAUAGUUGAUGCUGAAGCUAAAACAGAAGGACGAGAAGAAGAAGAAGAAGAAGCUGGUGUUUCACGUGUUGGUGAGAAUGUCGUUGAUGAAGAAGAGGAAGGGAAAACAGAAGGAGAAGAAGAAGUAGUUGAUGGAGAAGACAUGUUGUUGAGGAGGAGGAUGGAGGAUGUGCUGGAAAGUCUCCAACCACAUCAAAACCUUGAGAAACUAAUAAUCAAGGACUACCCUGGUGUUCUGUUCCCAAAUUGGAUGUGUAGUCAUGAAAACUUUACGAUUUCCUCCAAUCUGGUUUUCUUGGAACUACGUUGGUGCAGGAAGUGUAAGCAAUUGCCUCCGACUUUGGGGAAACUACCAUCCCUUGAAACCCUUGUAAUAGGUGGAAUGGAUAAAGUCAAAUUCAUGGGUGUUGAGUUUUUUGGAAUUGAUUUUGCAACAACAAGUGAUGGUGGGUUUGGCAAAAUAUUCCCAAAAUUGAAAGUCUUUGAGUUGGCUUCAAUGCGUAAUUUGGAGGAUUGGGAUUUAAGACUAGUACAGAAUUUUCAAGAAGGGAAAGAGUUCAUCUUUAUGCCGUGUCUACAAGAUCUCUUACUUUUGGGUUUGCCCAAGUUAAGGACAUUUCCACAGCACCUUACUCAGGCUACAUCCCUGAGGAAAUUGUUCAUAUGGUACUGUCCAAAGUUGAGUUGGAUGCCAUCAUCUCCAUCCUCCCAUCUUCCUUUUCUGCACGUUGAGGAGUUGAUCUUAAAAAAGGACGCAGGUUCAUUUUCAAAGUCACUAGUACCAAACAACCACAUGUUUCUCCCUAACCUCAAGUUGUUGCGGGUGAGACAAUCACCAUUCUCGUCCUUACCUGUAGGAUUAGGGCAACUCAGUUCGCUUCAGAUUCUGGAUAUCCGAACCUGUUCUAAGAUCAAGUCAAUACCUGAGGGGGAGUUGCAGCAUCUCACCGCAUUACAAGAGUUGAGGAUCAUGAGGUGUCCCGCCUUGAGACGACGUUGCCAGAAGGAGAAAGGAGAAGAUUGGGGCAAAAUAUCUCACAUCCCAAACAUCUUCAUCGAUGGCAAGAAGAUCAAAUGAGGAGAAACUUCCACAACAAGAGGCAUUAAUGUUAAUGGAGGAAGAAGAAGCGGACAACAAACGCAUCACAUACUUGAAAGGAUCGAUUGAUUUUGGUUUGUUAGGUAUUUGAGGUUGAAGAUAGAUAGAUACCAGAGAACUCGAAUGUUGAAUGCCUAAAGUUGGACAGAAACAAACCCGACCUCCUUCAUCAGCACCUAGUUAGGGAGUUCGGGUUGAUCAGAUUCCUUCAAUCAGGACUGUUAUUGCAUUACAUAGACUUUGUGAAAGCAGUGGAGAUGGUAGACAAGGCUGAGGAGCACACCAUCUAAGUUGCAGUAAUCACCAAAGGAUGAUUUGGCAGAAGAAAGAGUUCAUUUUCCAUAUGAAUUAUAUUGGAGCUCAUCACCCACAUUUACCUUCAACUUCUCCAAAGAUUUUCAGAACUCAGUUGAACAUGAAGAAAUUAGCUUUGAGGACAAUCCCUUUUGACCAUUGUCAAAAUUUCUCUGUUUCUUCUGUUCCAUGGUGAACUCCUCAGGAAUGGAAGAGCAUCCAGUCCAAUGAUCUGGGUAUUUGAGGUUCAAGAUACCAGAGAAUGUUCUAUGCCAAAUUGAGGACGGAAAACGAACCUGACCUCCUUGGUCACCACCUAGUUAGGGAGUUCAGGUUGAUCAGAAAAUUCAAGGUUUCCUGUCGGAGGAAGAGAAAGGUGAAUAAUGAACUACAAAGGUACAUGACAUGAGCAUUCCAUGACAUCAAGGCAAUAUGUAAGACCCAUGACUGCAAUCUCCGCAAGGGUUCUUCCUUCGGCAAAUGAAGAGCACAGUAUGGUAGUUAAUUCUUUAAGCAAUUCUUCUUAGCCUUUUUGAAUUUGGUGUUUUGGUUUUGAUUUUUUUUCCUGCACCUCAUCUUUGUUUAAUUCUUGAACAGAAAUAUAGGCCCACUGUUUGAGGUUUGACAAGAAGACUCAAACAAGGAAUUCAAUGUUGAAAAGAUUGUGUUAGUCUCUUUAAAUACAGUUGAAGCAGAGGAAAUGGUAGAUGAGGAAACUAUUUAUGUUGUAAGCAAUAAUCUUGGAGUUUGAGGAUGUCAAAAUUCUAUGUAUGUGGUGGAUGCUGCUCGUGGAGUAUUUAUUUCUCCAUUCUUGUACCCUGAGCUAGAGAGAGAUCCUCGCUUAGCUAUGUUGUAGAGCAUCAAUCCUUUUUCCUUUUGAUAAUUGCAGAGCAUCAAUGUCAAUGGCCACAUAUAUGGCCUUCUCUGUGCUGAUGUUGGUUGGUCUGAUGGUGGAUCAAGGACGAUUUUCCAGAACGGCUCUUUUACCACAUCAAUUAUAUUAGGACUGAUCGACCCACAUGUACCCUCAACUUCUCUUAAGGAGGAUAUGCUUAGCAGAAAAGAAGGGUAAUGGCUAGCAAUGUUCCAGAAGAUGCUUAAUACCAAAGAGAGCUUGAGGAGGUCUAUAGGAAUGUCCCUGCAUAAAGGAUGCCAGUGCCAACGGAUGUGGAACACAAUGCUGCACUUGACUUGGUGAUUAGAGAGGACUUCAAUCGAAAGCUUGGAAGAGCAAGUAAUCACAAGCAUAGUGAAGGUUCUGAAGGAUUUAUGUGCAUUUCCAAGAUCGCAGACUUCUUAGAGAAAUCGGCAGCUAAAUUGGAGAUUUCUUCUUCCAGGAUCGAGUUCCGGGGUUCAAUUUCUGAUGAGCUUAUUGUUGAUGCUCAAGGCCUUCUAAGGUUUCGGUUUGGUAGUUGACAGUUUGUCUGCUGCUUUCUAGUCCCUCCUGCUGAUGGCAAUGCCGAAGGUGGGAGGGGGUAGUACAGCUUCUUUGUUUUGUCUGGUUUUGUGCAGUUGAUGUUUGGACUUUAUUUUAUCAUGUAACAGAAAUUGUGGAUGAAACAGUAAAUGGUGGGAUAGUGUGAUAUAGUCCAUGUAGUUGGCUAUAGCUUUGAUGAUUCAGUUGGUGAUAUGGUCCAACCAACUGAAACAUUUCCCUUCCCUUUCUUUGGUGUACUAGUGUUUGGAGUUGCGAGCAAACACUGCCUACUUUUGAUAAAUGUGUCAAAAAGACUCAUCCUAAUUGUGCGAUGUGGAAUGAUAAUGUGGCAAUUCUGAUAUUUAGAUA